AUGGCCAACAUCCUCUCCUUCUUCUUCAUCUUCUUCUCACUCUGUCUUCAAGGUAGUUCAACAACAACAUUCACUUUUCAAAACAAGUGUGCAUCAACAGUAUGGCCAGGAACAAUAGCUGGUGCUGGCACAAGCCAACUAUCAACCACUGGCUUUGAGCUUCAAUCAGGAUCAUCAAUGUCUCUCACUGCACCGACGGAAUGGCACGGUGGGUUUUGGGGGAGAACUUUCUGCGCAAAUGACACCAUCACAGGGAAGUUCACUUGCGCCACUGGUGACUGUGCUUCCGGAAAUAUUUCAUGCGAUGGAGCUGGUGGAAUUCCUCCGGCCAGUCUCAUUGAGAUCAAGCUCAAUGGAUUUCAAGGCACGGACUUCUUUGACAUUAGUUUGGUUGAUGGCUUCAACCUUCCAGUCUCGAUCACUCCUACUGGAGUUUCCAGCUGUGUUUCGAGCUCGUGUGCUUUCGAUAUAAACAGCAUUUGCCCGGAAAUUCUGAAAGUUAAGGAUGGGAAUGGGAAGGUGGUGGCAUGCAUGAGUGGUUGUCUGAAGUUUAACACUGAUAAGAUGUGUUGUAGAGGAAAGUAUGACAGUCCUCAGACAUGCAAGCCUUCUAGUUAUGCUAAGAUGUUUAAGAAAGCUUGUCCUCAAGCUUAUAGUUAUGCUUAUGAUGAUACUACUAGUACUUUUACUUGCACUGGUGCCAACUAUGUCAUCACAUUUUGUCCAUGA